GCCGCUCCGCGCAGGCGCAGGCGCAGUUUCUAGGCUAAGGAUGCGCGCGGAUUUUAGUCGCCAUUAGGAUAGCACAGAUUUAGGGACCCGAUUCCGUGUAGAGGUAGCACCGCGUGUGGCCAAGCCCAGCAGGGCCUUUACACCAGUGCCUUGUGUCUGGAGGAGAUAAAGAUAUGAAUACCAUAGCUGAGGGGAGAGAUGCUAGAGAGACAGCAUCUUUGAAUGAGGCAAUGACCACUUUCCCUAGUCCCCAAAUUAUGCCUCUGUGCAAACAAGGUAAGGUCCCAAGUGCUGAAGACCUUAAAGAGCAGGAAACCAGCCGGGGAAGAGACUCAUUAGAUCCUGCAGUAUCUCAUCAGAACUUGAGAUGGUUUCAGCGUCCUGAAGUGGCUUCGCCCCAAGAGGAGGAGCUGAACCAAAUCCGGGAGCUCUGUAUGCAGUGGAUGGAUCCUGAGACCCGUGCCAAAGAGGAUGUUCUGGAUAUGUUGGUGCUGGACCAAUAUGUGAUUAUCCUGCCCAGAGAGGUCAUGACUUGGGUGAAGUCACAGCCCUCAGAGCACAGUGAGGAAGUAGAGAUCCUCUUGGAAGAUUUGAGCCAGAUGUUUGAGGACAAUGUUCUGACUUCUCCGGACUCCGAUGUUUCCCAGGAUCAGAGCUCUACAGAAGAGGGAGCAACUUCCAGACCCCUGCCAGACCAAGCCCAAGACUCUGUGACAUUUAAGGAUGUGGCUGUGAUGUUCAGUCGGAAGGAAUGGUGGCAUUUGCAGCCAACACAGAUGGAGCUGUACAGGGAUGUGAUGCUGGAAAACUACAGGAACAUGGUCUCUGUGGGGCUUCUUACUUCCAAGCCAGAGCUGAUAGCCCAGUUGGAGAGAGGGGAAGCACCAUGGAUGAGGAGCAGGACUGUCUCUAGAGGCCCUGGUGCAGGUUCUGAGACCAGAUUUGUUACAAAAGAAGCGGCUCUAAAACAAGGUAUUUAUAUGAAAGGUUCAUCUCAGGAAAGGCUCUUGAGAGAUGGCCCCUAUGCCUCCACAUUAGGAGAAGCUUGGAAAUGUGAAGACAGCCAAUUGGAAAAGCAGAAAGACAAUCAAGAGGGACAGUCUAGGAAAGUAACAAAAGAACAGGAGAAAACGUCUAAGGGGACAAGACCUAGAUGUAAUAUAUUUAGGAAAUACUUCAGGCCAGGGUCAGGCCUUGUUACAAAAAAGAAAGUUCCUUUAGCAACAAAUCUUCAUAAAUAUACUAAACAAAAACUGAGCCUCAAACAGUAUUUAGAUCUAGUUAGAAGUAAAUUAGCAGAGCCAGAGAACAAAUCUACUUAUAAGGCAAGGCCAAAGACACGAAGUUACUGCUCAAACCUUUUUAAGGCUCAAAGAAUACCUCCUGGGAAAAAAGGCUACAAGUGUAAAGCAUGUGGGAAAACUUUCAUCUACAACUCAUCUCUUACUCGACAUCUGAGAAUCCAUACCGGAGAGAAACCCUACAAGUGUUAUGAAUGUAAGAAGAGUUUUAGACGGCGUUCAUUUUUCAAUUUACAUAAGAGAGUUCAUACUGGAGAGAAACCUUACAAAUGUAAUGAAUGUGAUAAAGCUUUCAUCCGGGACUCAUCUCUUUUUAAGCAUCAAAUAAUUCAUAGUGGAAAGAAACCCUUCAAGUGUAAUGAAUGUAAGAAAGCUUUUACUUUGAGGGGACUACUUAUUGAACAUCAAAGGAUUCAUACUGGAGAGAAGCCCUUUACAUGUGAUGUAUGUAAGAAAGCCUUUAGUCACAAAUCAUCCCUUAUUCAACAUCAGAGAAUUCAUACUGGAGAAAGAAUCUUCAAGUGUAAUACAUGUGAAAAGACCUUCAAUCAGAGCACACGCCUGACUGAACAUAAAAGAAUUCAUACUGGAGAGAAGCCCUAUAAGUGUAAUAAAUGUGAGAAGGCCUUUACUCAGAGAACACAUCUCAAUGAGCAUCAGAGAGUUCAUACUGGAGAGAAGCCCUAUAAAUGUAGUCAUUGUGAGAAAGCUUUCAGCAACAGCUCAUCCCUUACUCAACACCUGCGAAUUCAUACUGGAGAGAAACCCUAUAAAUGUAAUCAAUGUGAGAAAGCCUUCAGUCAGAACUCAUCCCUUAUCAUACAUCUGAGAUUCCAUAGUGGGGAGACACCUUUCAAAUGUAAGGACUGUGGGAAGGCCUUCAGCCGGAACUCCUCUCUUACCAGACAUCAGAAAACUCAUAGCGGGGAGAAGCCUUUCAAGUGUGAUGAAUGUGGGAAAGCCUUUGGCCGAAACUCAUCGCUUACUGACCAUCAGAAAAUCCAUACUGGAAAGAAACCUUAUAAGUGUGGAGACUGUGGAAUAGCCUUCAAUCAGCACACUCGCCUUAUUGAACAUCAGAGAAUUCAUACUGGAGAAAAACCUCACCAAUGUGAUCUGUGUAAGAAAGCCUUCAGGAGUAGUUCAGCCGUCCUUAGGCAUCAGAGAAUUCAUAGUGGAGAAUAACUUCGAGUAGGAUUACACAUGGGGAAAGCCUCAGUUCUGUUUAUCACUUAUUAAAUACCCCAGAGUCAAAUGAUCACAAUUUGCCCCUUGGGAGUUUGAGAGAGAGAAGAUCUCCCUCUUCCUUACCAUAUACUACUUGCUUUCAAGCAACUGAUUUGCAUAGGUUAAAGCAGGAAGGAGUGUUAUUUUAAGAUCUGUAGUAGUAGAAGUGUCAAGCCUUCUAAAAUAACUAACAAAAGAAGGAAUCUUUAUUAAGUUUCCAUCUUUAGUAUUAGAACUGGGCAAUAUCUUUGAGUAAAGGGAUAAAAUAAGAUCCUGCUAAAGUAAAUGCAUGUUUUAAAAGUAUCCCUGUUACUUUUGGUGUGCAUAAACUAGUUGUGGGCACAUCCCUGUGAAAUAUCUUCAGAUUCUUGUGUAUUUCAUCUUGAAACAAGUUCCCAGUGGUAGGUGAACUAGUGAAGAGUGGAUAGGAUUUUUUCAGUUGGUGUCUGGCACUAGAUAUCAGAAAUCGAGUGGAUUAGCUAGGACCCCCUAGUUUCCCUAGUUUAGGAAUAAGGAAGAUAGGAAGUUAUUUCAGAACUAAAGAAACUUACUUGUUUCUUUUUUCACUCAGGACAUUGGUGGGAAUUGUGAUAGGUACCUUCUUUGGUUUCUUGGCAUUCUCUUCUCUGUAUCCAAGGGAUACUAGUGCCCUUUCCUGCCUUCUGACUUUCCAAGGGCCUUCACUGUAUCCUCUACUCAUCCUUAUCUUUCUCCACACUUCAGAAUUAGAGCUUUCUUGCAUCUUCUCACAAAGACUCCCUUUUCCUCAGUGCAUCUUAAUUAACCAUUGAAGGUUAAUUUACACACAUUUCCAAGCUUUGCCUUCUAGUUUGUCCUUGGAAGUUGAGCUGUGACAUACUGAGCGAUGUUGCUUCCAAGCUAUGGACCAAGGAGAGGUGCAGAUUUCAUCUGUCUGAUUUCAGCUUUCCUGAGACAGGGAUUUUGCUUCUUUGGAAUUAGGAUAGGAUCAGAGGAAGUAAGACAAAAGCAGUGUGGACUUUGGGACACCUGGAAAAAUAGGUGGUUUCCCUCUGACCCUCCUUUCUUUUUCCUGUUCCUGUCUGCCCCUGCCCUCUGACUUCAGGGGCUUCUUUUGCUUAAUAGUAAGUCAGGUAUUAGUAAGGGAACAUUGAUUGCAGCACCAUAGUAUUAUAUAGAUCCAGAGAGGGAAGAGACUUGGAGAAUUUCUAGCUCUUUUUACUGGUGAUAACAUAGACCCAGAAAAGGGAAAUUACUCCCUCAGGGUCAUGCAGGCAUUAGAGAAAUAGUAGAGUCAGGAUUGAUGUCACAUGCCCUGUGGCUUCAAAUCCAGUUCACCACCCCCUGUCUUCACUGGGCAGGGAAUUCUCAGCAUCACCUAGCACUUGGAAAAGUGAUUGCCCUGAGGCCAGGAGGGGCCCCAAUCCUUGCCUUUCUCCUUUAGUCAUGACCCCUUCCCCAGAGUGUUUCCUUUGUUUUAGUCCCUGUGUUUGACCCUACUUUCAUUUGUAAUUAGGUGCUCCUUCAUUAUGACUGUCCACUAUAAUAAUACCAGUACUUUGCAGUUUACAAAGUGGUUUUUAAUCUACAUUUUUUUUUAAACCCUUACCUUCUGUCUUGGAGUCAAUACUGUAUAUUGGUUCCAAGGCAGAAAAGUGGUAAGGGCUAGGCAAUGGGGGUCAAGUGACUUGCCUAGGGUCACACAGCUGGGAAGUGUCUGAGGCCAGAUUUGAACCUAGGACCUCCCAUCUCUAGGCCUGACUCUCAAUCCACUGAGCUACCCAGCUGCCCCCUUUACCUUUUUAUCAUGCCCUGUGGGUAGCUUUGGUGACAACAAAUUGCAUCACCCUGUAAAAAAAAUUCUACCCCUUUUCUUUGGCACUCAACUCCUGGGGCAAGUAGGUAACACAGGAUGACAGCUGGUAUAGCCUUCCCCUACUCUACUAGCCAGUUAUCUUUGUGAAAGUCAACCUCACCCAAGUGUGAGUAAUUCCUGUAUUGGUGUAUUAAAAGUUCUUUAGCUCACUUGACACAGUUGGUGGGGUUAUGGUUGAUAACCAUUUCCCAUAGUUUUAUUUCUUUCUUCUUUUUAAUACUAAAUAUUGGUUCCAAGGCAGAAGAGUGGUGAGGACUAGGCAAUGGGGACUAAGUGUCUAGAGUUACAUGGUUGGGAAGCGUCUGAGACCAAAUUUGAACCUAGGACCUCAUUUCUCUAGGCCUAGCUCUUUAUCCACUUGCUCCCUUCUUGGUUUUAUUUCUACCUUUUUAUCAUACUCUGUGAAUGGCUUUGGUAACAACAAAUUGCAUCACCUUGUAAAAAUAAAUUUCUACUCCUUUUCUUUGGCACUCAACUCCUAGGGUAAGUAGGUAGCACAGUGGAUAGAGUGUCAUGUCUGGAGUUAGGAUGAUCUGAAUUCAAGUCUAGCUUCAGUUACUUCCUAGCUGUGUGACCUGGGCAAGUCACUUAAGUAACCCUGAUUGCCUAGUCCUUGCUGCUCUUCUGUCUUUGAAUUGAUGCUAAAACAGAAGGUAUGGGUUUAAAAAAAAACAUAUAUCAAGCUGAUUUUAGAACUCCAGCAAGCCUUUUGUUUCUCUAAAUUUUAAGCUGCUUCUGACUCCCUUUCUGUUAUCUCUGAUAAUACUAAACUAGCUGGUAGGACAAUCUAUUAUAUAAUAUAAUAUAUACCAUUUUCAACUGAUUCCAAAUUCAUCAUACAUCUUACCCUUUCUCACUUCUUACAUUCUUCUCUAUGUCUUAGGUUGAUUCAUGAUCUUAAAUUACUUUGGAGGUAGUAUCUAAAAUGAGUGAAGUCUUAGUCUUAUUAACUUCUGCUUUGGGCAGAACCCAUUUCAAGGUCUAUAUUCAAUUUGGUAUGUAAGUUUUAGGAGACUGGCAAAUUAGGGCACAUGCAAAAGAGAGAUGAGGAUAAUCAUGCCACAUGAGGAGGAGCUGUUGAAGGAAAUAGACAAUUUUUAUCUUAGAGAAGAAUUAAGGGGGACAUGAUAGCUGUCAUCAAGUAUUUGAUUUAGAGGGGGAGAUUCCGCUUGUUCUGCUCGACACCAGAGAGAAGAAUUAGGAGCAGUGGAUAGAAGUUGCAAGAAGGAUGUCCCUCCCAGCUCUUGAGAUUUUCUAAUGCUAUGAUUCUCUCUAAACUUUCUUAAAGUCAUUUCUACAAAGGUUGUGUAAGCAACAACAACAAAAUCCAACUUUAGAAGAAAGAUGGCUUUGAAAUUCCAACCUUAAAAUCUAGUAAUGAAUGACCAAAGGAGAUUUUCUUUACCUAAUGGAGGUAGAUAAGACCCUGAUUCAGGGAAGGUACUCUGCUGAAGUUCAGGCUUUUGGAACUUUACUUUUUUCAUAGCUGUAAGCCUAUGGUCAUGUCAGUUUUGGCUUCUCCCAAAGACUUACUGAUUCAUUGAUAAUAGUCAAAAGAUUUCAGGACGUUAAAUCCCUUCAAAAUCCUUUUGUAAGGAGUCCCUAGGAAUGUAAUCAACAGAAAUGCAACUGUCCAACUUUUUCUUUAAAUCUUUAAAAUGAUAGUUUUAAUUGUUUAGAGCAGGUCUAGCCCUGGCUCUUUUGACUCCAUCUAGUGGGGUCUGGAAUCCUGGUGUUAGGGAGUAGGAGAGCAUCUCAAGAAUGGACACUUCUGGAGAGGAGACUUUUCAUCAUCUUUUGUUCAUUUAAAGGAAAUUCUAUCAGGGCUCAAUCAACAGAGGUGGUAAGAGGUUCCAGGAUCUUUGUAAUGGCAUUUAUUCUGGCAUCUUGUGUGGGCUUUAGGUACCCUCUUAGAAUUCCAAGGAGACCUUAGACAUCAUCUAGCCCAAUUUGUACCUAAAGCAGGAACUCCUCCCUGAAGCAGGAAUACUUGGCAAAAUAAGAUGGAGCAGUGAAAGUACGCUGGAUAAAGUUUGAGGACCUGAGCUCGAGUCUGGGCUCAGUCACUGUCGAUGUGAUUUUGGGUAAGUCACUUAAUUCCUUAGUUUCCUCACUUGAAAAGUAAAGGAUUUGAACUGCUGUUACUUCUAAGGUCUUUCAAAGCUUUGUGUCUGUCAUCUUGUAAUCCAUCCUGCUGGGAGAUCUCAUUUUUUACUUUCUUUGCUCUACCUGUUUCCACAUUUCACUUUUGUAUACCUCUUCCAGAGGAUGUAAGUCUCUUUAAGAGUCAGACUAGAAAGCCCAAGCCUGGUGCCUGAUACUCCUGAGGUGAGACUGCCAGAGCCUGCCACUUUGAGACUGCAUUGCCCAGGGCAAAUAGGCAUCAAGGCAUAUGUCAGUUCCAGCUAUGAUGCAUAGAUGACUUUUGGCCCCAUGCUCUUGUCUCCCUGGCCAACUGUUCUUGGCCUUGGUUCCCUGACCGUUAUUUAGUGUUACUUGUUGGUGGCAGAAAGAAGAACUCUGAGCAGUUAGAAGUUGCAGAGACAGAUUCAGCCCCAUAGAAGGAAGAACUUCUAAACAAUAACAACUGUAGAAUGGGCUGCCUGGUGUGAGAGUAAGUGCCUCUUCACUAAAGAUGUUUAAGAAGAGCCUGGAUAGCUGCUUGGAGGAGAUCCCCUUAGAAGUUAAUGGGUUAGACUGGAUAUAUCCUGUGAGGUCCUUUACAACUCUGGGAUAGUGAUUCUUCCUUUGUUCACUUGGUCCCUUCUGCUCUGGAUGAGAGGACUUUCUUCAGUCCAAGGCCUGAUCACUUGGACUGGCCCCAUCCCUCGAGAGCCUUCUACAGGCUACCAGUCAUGCUGUAAUUGUUAGCUCCAUUUGAAAGCUGAGUCGCUGGUUAAUCAUGCCUUCAUUUAACUAGUGGUCUAAGUAGGAAGCUCAAAGACAGAAGCUCUUUGUGUUCUGUGCAUUGCUGGCUUUGCUGUAAUAGUGUUUAGCUGUUGUGCUUAACAACAAAUUUGUACCGAAAAGCCCUUAUUGGAUGAUUUGUUUUGACUUUGAUCAGCUUGUGUAAUGCUUGUUGUAUAAUUGAGGGAAGGUGUUGAUUUAUCUUCUAAGCUCUGCUCCACUUUGUCUAAAGAAGCUAUGCCUUUUAUCCCUUCAAAUCCUGUUGCACAGGAAAGGCAGUCUUAUAGAGUGGAAAAGAGCUGGGUUUGGAAUUGUAGAACUUGGGUUGGAGACCUUGGGCAAAGCACUCCUUUCCUUGGCCUCAUAUUCCCAAUCUAGGAAAUAAGCAACUAGAUUAGAUGGCUUCUAACACUAAAUCUCUGAACUCUGAAGCUACCCAGUUUGGGUUUCCUCCUGUUGUAGUCCUGAUGGAGAGGUACUGGAGUGUGGUUCAGCUGGCCCUGGACGUGGGGCCAGGAGACCUGGGUCCACAGCCCUGCUUUGCCAUUUUAUAGUCGGUGACGCUCAGCAAGGUAGGUCAUAGUUUAGUUUUGAUAAUAAAAUGGGCUAAUAUUUGUAAACUGCUCUGUGAGUUGUAAAAACGCUUUAUAAUGUCAGCUUUAGUGAUUAUUUUUGUUUUCUUCUUUAGGAAUAGGCUGAGACUUGAGUAGGAUGAAAGGAUGUAUGGUCAUCCUGAGAGGCGUCAGAGGCAUCUGUGCCUUUAAGUGAGUCCCUUCUCCAACCCCCCCUUCCUCCUUGAGAUGGCCUAAAAUUGAGCAAUCCCAGGGCUCCAAGGUCCUUAUCCUGAGGAGCCUAGGACCUUGUGCUGCUGUGGCUUCUCUAUUUCCUGGGCCCUCAGAUGUAAGUCUCCUGGAUUCAUGGGCAUCCUCCCAGAUAUUUGGUGAGCAUCUGCUGUGGAGAAUGUGCCUUGGGGAAAGGUUUCCAGGGACAGUCACCAGGUCUCUGUUUUCUAGGUAUGUGGUAUGGGAGGGUAGGGAGAGCAGAAUUUGGUCUAGGCUGUACUAGACUUCCUGCUUUCUAGGUGAUGGUAGCUCAGGUCCUACCUAACACCAGGAAGAGGAAAGGGGUGUGGGGAAGAGAGUGAUGGUGCAACCCCCUGCUUAUAUCCCAUUUGCUGCACCCCUAAUAGUUUAUUCAAAAAUUUGUACUUAGUACAAGAAAUGUUUAGUUGAAUAAAUGUUUGGUUGUAAUCA